UAACGUUACCUUAGAUACUGUGCAGCAGAGAUGGAUGACGGUGACGAGCCGGGUUUAGUCCUCUCUCACAACACUUCUUCAAGCUCUAAGUCGGGCGGGGACAAGAUGUUUUCCCUAAAAAAGUGGAAUGCUGUAGCUAUGUGGAGCUGGGACGUUGAAUGUGAUACUUGUGCCAUUUGUCGGGUACAAGUGAUGGACGCUUGUCUCCGAUGCCAGGCGGAAAACAAACAGGAAGACUGUGUUGUCGUAUGGGGAGAGUGCAACCACUCUUUCCAUAACUGCUGCAUGUCCCUUUGGGUGAAGCAGAACAAUCGCUGUCCCCUCUGCCAACAGGACUGGGUGGUUCAGAGAAUCGGCAAAUAAGCUCCAACUCCAGGCGGUCGGAUGCUCAGACGCCACCUGUACGCACCCGAAAGUGGUGACAGACUUGACAAUGAUCACUGCAACGUCCUGUGCAAAGCCACUUGACUUCAACAACUGCCCUCCUACUUAUGAUUGCAUGUUCCAGUAGACCUGGUGUCACGGGAGGACAGUGGACAAAAUUAAAGCAGCACAGACUCGUUGGUCAUCAUUUGGUUGAAGUGGCUGGAGGGAUUGAGAGUCAUUAAGAGAAGGACGAACCUCGUUGCAGUGUCUGGUCACAUGUUAGCUUUACAUUAUUGUCUGUUGUGGUGUUCAGCACAUCUUGAAUAUGUGACUGUCUUUUUAAAAAUAAAGAAUUCUGUAUAGCUACAAA